AUGACUGCUGAUGGUAGACGCUUACGAACAGGAGGUGGAAUAUUAUGGAACAUCAUGAAAACAAGAGAACCAAUGGCCUACAAAGAAAUUAUAAAAAAGGCCAAGUACUUUGAGAAGCAAUUUAAGAGACAAAAUAUCCAGCAAGCACAACAGCAAAACAAGGAGGGUUCCGCUCAAGAAACUGCAAUUUCAUUAACUGAUGAGGCUUCAUCCAGUGUUCCAGAAGGUUCUCAAGUAGUACCUCAAAAUCAGCAUGAACAGUCCUGUACUCAAAAGAAGCACAUAUCUGUUCGUGACAGGAUCGGGGUACCUGUUUCAUAUGAUGACAUCCUUGGUGAUGAUCCAAAAAAUGAUUCUAUGUGAUUUUUGGGAAACAUGAAAAUUGGCUUGCCUUCACUUUGGGACUUGUGGGCUUGCUUACUCCUUUUCUUUUCUUUUCUUUUGAUAGACGCAGAUAUCUUUUAAAAGGCUGCCAGAUGGAAUUUUUCUUCUCAAUUUUUGAAAUGAGGUUAUUGAAGAGUGUUGCAUCAAUUUAUGGUUUUAUAAAUUUAAAAGUGACGCUUUUGGCCUCUA